AUGCCUCCCAGUACUGCCAACACAGACACCUCCUCCCCCAGCACCACACCCCCCCUUUUCCCCGCCGAAGUCGAACACGUCAUCUACGACAGCUUUCUCUCUUUCGACCCCUCUUGCACUCUCGCCCGCACGCUCACCCUCGCCAAAUUGUCGAAAUCGCACCAUAAAUCGUUCAUCCCUCCCCUAUACAAACGCAUCGUAGUAUCAGACAAGGCCAUCGAGAGGGGCUUGUUCGAGGGUCUUUCUGCGCGGCCAGCUAGUGGAACAGAGGUCGUGCGGGCGGAAGGCGGGCCUCUGGGCAGCAAACGGGACCUACUCGAGCACUGCGAAUCGCUGGUCUUCGCCACCUUGGCCGCCAGAGACGCUACCGCCGAAGUCGUAGAGCUAUGGAACGGCGUGAUGACGGCCGAGCGCUACGAGGCAGGUGGCCUACCCGACACCCCUGGCAUCUUCAACAACGUCGCGCAUAUAGCCUUCGAGUCCGACUGUCUGGAGCAGUACGCAAUAGGCAAGCUGGAUCUGCUGUUUCGUCAGCAGGCUCCUGCGAUAAAACGACAUCCCUGGCCUCUCAAAAAUUUGUCCCAUAUCUGUUUUCGACUGCCUUAUCCAUCCCUCCCGUCCGAAUACGAACAAUACCUUGAGUCACUCUACCACCUUGCCUCGUACUUUGCUCCGGGGGUAAAUGACACGGUCGGCAAUGUGACACGUUUCCAAAACCAUGAUAUGUCUGAGGACAGCAUUUCGAGCAUCAACUAUGUCAAUUGGGGGGAGACGAUGAUUGUCGAUAUGCUGCCUCUAGAGCAUUCAGAGGAUAGUGGUGGUGUGGAAGGGUACGGCCGUCACGUGGAACUGAUAUAUACGUACUGUAAAAAAUCCUUCUGGAUCUGGGGGCAAUUCGGAAAGAAAUGCCCCGAAGAUCUCCCGAAAGCCUUGAUCCUCACCAAUUUCGGCACAACCGUCUCCCGUGAUGGCAAUUUCCACUAUAUCUCUCCCAACAAACAAAAGGCGAUUCUUCAAAAAGCUCAAAAAGAUAUCAGAACACGCCUACAGUCGGUUGCCGCAUCCGAAAACUUAGAUACUGGAGUGGUGGAUAAGAUCUUCAUACGAGGUCACGAAGAGUGCGAGUUCUGCGGGGACGUCGCUCCCAGGGAGUACGAAUUUUGGGAUUGGUAGGCUUAUUAUUGAAGCUCCAUUCUUGUUUACGAUCUCUCCAUCACUUUCUUCAUAUCUUCAUUGGCCGGACCCCUAUUGUCUAUCACGUCGGCUUUCCAACUUUCGGGUCGCCCUUCUCUUUUGUUUCUAGACCAUUACCCAGACAUCAAUGAACAUCUCGCCCUGUUGUGCUGCAAUUAUGUUCGUGCAAGUCGAGGUGGGUGGAUGUAAUGUCGUUCAUCAAAAGCCGUAUAUGAAAUCCAUUUUCAAAGAGACUGGAAGAUUACAGUACGCAGGAAGAGUCAAUUCUGUCAUCGCAACAACAUUCUUGACGAAUGCGUAUACUUCAUUCAGGCAUACAUACACCUGCUGCUGUCGGCUUUGCUCCUCUCGUCAGCUGUCUCUCUGCCAAG